AUGUCACUGCUCGAUCCUCGACAAUUUCUAUUACCUACCUUCUAUCUGGAUCCUACUACUCAAGCUUUCUUAGCUCAAGCAUCUGCAAACCAUAAACUUGGAUCUUCAUCUUCUUUCCGAAUUUCGGAUAUUCUGGAGCCAUCUCCAAAUAAUUCGACUUAUUCCAAUGAUCUCGACCCAUCCCCACAAUCCGUGAAAUCCGAGUUGUCCGUCUCUCCAAGAGCAAGCAGUCCUGGAACCGAUAGGAUGGGAAGUCCAAUGAGCAAUUCCAAGAAAUCUCGGAAAGCAAGAACAAUCUUCACCGAUAAGCAACUUCAAGAGCUGGAGAACACUUUCGAGAAGCAGAAGUAUCUCUCAGUUCAAGACAGAAUGGAUUUGGCUCAUCGAAUGGGGCUAACUGACACACAAGUAAAGACGUGGUACCAAAACCGAAGAACAAAAUGGAAGCGACAGGCAACUAGCGGAAUGGAUCUUCUAUCGGAACCAGGAAACCUCUCCGCCGUUCAAAAUUUGAUCAGAAGUAGUCCAUAUUGGGCGAAUUACAUUACUGCUCUUCCCACAGGUGUACAAAUGCCAAUGAUGGGUCUUCCAAUUCAAAUGAUUGUACCACCCGCCCAAACUUUCCAACCUUCUUCUUUAUCAUCAUCGAACUCUCCGUCUACUCACAAAUCUAGUGAAUCCCCCCAACUUGACGUGUCGAGUCAUUCAGAAUAA